GCAGGGGUCUCGCUUCUCUGCACCGAGCCUCGGCGCCGGCAGCAACAUCAACAACAGAGAGCCGCCCGCUGCGCUCGAGCUGGGAGGCGUCUCCAGGGCCCGGCUGCGCUCGCCGGGGGCGGGAGGCUGGCGGCGGGGAUGCUCCUCCUCGUGCAGGAGCUCAGCACCACCAGCGGCCGGGCGGAAAGCCGCAGCAGUCUCGCUUGGGACCCGCGACCAGGCGGCACGAAGAGGGAGAAGCGAGGACUUGACCCGGAGGGUACAAAGAAUCGAAAUAACCAGCUUUCGUGGGAAAUGAUUAACCUGAGGAUAAUUUAUGAAUGAAGACCCACAGCAUGUUCAGAAGUUCCAGCAAAGCUGCAAUGGACACUCAAGUCACUAAGCUGGACUUUGUAACUUUUUGUUGUUUGCAAUGAUGUGCCUUUAAACUUUAUAUCACAAUUCAUGCCCUUCAUACUACAUAAAUUAUAAAAUAAUACAAUCGAAGCAACAUGUCAAAAAACUUGGAGAUUAUCAAUCUGUCAUUUUUACUGGAACAUGAGAGGGAAAUGAUACUGGGAGUGCUGAAGAGAGACGAGUAUUUGAAAAAAAUUGAAGAUAAAAGAAUCAGAAAACUGAAGAAUGAGUUACUGGAAGCCAAAAAGAAAGGUGGACGGCGUUACCAGGAAGACGACAGCAGGGUCUGCAUUCGGUGUCGAAAGAAUUUGGGCUUAAUCUUUGAUAGAGGGGAUCUCUGCCAAGCAUGCGGACUCAGAGUUUGCAACAAAUGUCGUGUUGUGGGAAUUGGUGGCAACUGGAAAUGCACAGUGUGCGAUAAGAUUGCGCAGCUUAGGAUAGUUACAGGUGAAUGGUUUUUUGAAGAGAGAGCAAAGCGCUUCAAACAAUCCACCCUCCUUGGAAGUGAUGUCGUUAGAAGGUCUAUCCAACGCAAACCCCCAGAUCCUUCCUCUGAAGCUACAGGAGGAAAACUCAAAGAUCAGUCUCCAGAGAGUUCAGAGGAGACUUCAAAGCAAGAUGUGCUUGCUUCCUUUUCAAGUGGGGCAAAGUCAGUCUUCAGUGGGCACAGAAAUAUUGGAGCUUUAUUCAAGGCUAAAGGAGAAAUCGCAGUUGUGAAGGCAGAAGAUGGAAGAAGCAUCAGCUCAGAUGUUGAUGUCCAGAGUAUAAAUAGUGCUGAUAGGGUGAGCACCUAUUCUCUCAAUAUGGAGGAACUGCCUGCUGGGCUGAAAGGAGCAGUUUGUGCCGCUAACCGAAGCAAUUCUUCUACUCCAGUCCAUCCAAGGUCACCAGCACUGAGUACACGCAGCAUGACUGUAGAUUAUGGCAGAGAUCCUGGAUUAGAAAAAGGCACUGCUAUGCCUGCAAGUGAAAGUAUACCAGCAGAUCUAGCAAAAAAGCAUCGCAGGAAAGCAUCUGGAACACCCUCUAUAGCUGUUUCUAGGACAUCUAUGUCAUCUGAUCGCAGCAGAUCAGAGAGAGAUCUCAGUGUAUCCUUCUCAGAAGGUAAUGAGGAUACUUUAAGCUUAAGAAGUAAAUCUGUACCUGAAGCAUUGGACCAGGAGCUGAGUUACCUGGAUGAGACAGAGGAAGAUAUUGAUGACAUUGUCGCCUCUGGCUACUCAAAGAGACAUACCAAUAUGAUAAGUGGAUUAUCAACAAAUUCUCCUUCAAGUUCUGACAGGAAAUGGACCUAUUUAAAUGUUCCAGAAGCAGAUGGUGACACUACCAGCAUCAAUAGUAUGACAAGUGUGUAUAGUGAAACGGGGGACUAUGGCAACGUGAAGAUCAGUGGUGAAAUUUGUCUCCAAAUUAACUACAGCUAUAAAACAGGAGCCCUCAACAUCUUGGUAAAAAAAUGCAGGAACUUGGCCAUAGCAGAUGAAAAGAAGCAGAAAACAGAUCCCUAUGUCAAAGCAUAUUUAUUGCCGGACAAGUCUCGUCAAAGCAAACGGAAGACAAAAAUUAAAAGCAAUAGCACUAACCCUGAGUUCAAUGAAACACUGAAGUAUGUCAUCAGCCAUACACAGCUUGAGACUCGGACCUUGCAGCUUUCUGUCUGGCAUUAUGACAGAUUUGGGCAUAACAGCUUUCUAGGAGAAGUGGAGAUACCCUUGGACUCCUGGAACUUUGAACAUCAAGCUGAUGAAUGGUUCAUGCUUCAGCCCAAGAUGGAAGUUGUAGCUGAUACAGGUCUUCAGUACAAAGGAGAGUUGAUAGUUGUCUUACGGUACAUCCCCCCUGAGAGGAAUUUAACACUUCCCCUAGGAGAAAUUCAAGGAAAGAAGAACUCUAAGAAGGAAAAGAAGGCAAACCCACAACUGCCGCCAGGAGGCAUAUUAGAAGUUGUCAUCAAGGAAGCCAAGAACUUAACAGCUGUGAAGUCAGGAGGCACUUCUGACACAUUUGUGAAAGGGUAUCUGCUUCCUGACAACAACAAGGCAUCUAAGCACAAAACCCAAGUAAUAAAAAAGACCGUGAAUCCCCACUGGAACCAUACUUUCACUUUUAGUGGCUUGAAUCCUAGAGAUAUACAGAAUGUCUGCGUAGAACUCACUGUCUGGGACAAAGAGUCCCUUGCCAGCAAUAUCUUCCUGGGAGGCGUUCGCCUGAGUCGUGGAGGAGGUUUCAGUAACGGCAAAGAAGUUGACUGGAUGGAUUCUCAAGGAGAGGAGCAACUUCUCUGGCAAAGAAUGAUUGAUUGUCCUGGGGAUUCUGUGGAAGGUGUAUUAAUGCUGAGAUCAAGCAUGGGAAAGCGCAGACUCUGAGAGGGACUAUGCGUAGGCACAGAAAUGACCCCAGGGUAGAGAUGAAUUCAGUAGAGCAGGUAUGGUGGCAGCUUUCAAACUUUUCCUUUCUCUUCAUAUUGCCACGCAACCAUUUCAUAGAAUCUCAAAACAGUAUUGUUACAAUUUUUCUCUUUUUUUGCAUUUAACUACACCAGUUUUGUAAUUUUCCAGCUUAUAGAUAGAUGUGAAUUGCAUUUUAAAGACCCAAAGUCAGAAAGUACAAAAAAAAACCAGACUUCCACUUUUCAAAUCUGAGAACCUCCCAAAAUUCACAAAUUUCAUCUGUCUUAACACCAGCCAAAAAAAGGUCUCUUUAGUUGAGACACACAGUUUGUUUGCUAAACACAGGUCUCACACUCUGCCGUUUCACAUGCGCCUACUGGGUUUCCUGGCAAUGGUGUGGAUACUCGGAUAUAAAAAUAGUAGAUCCUCUAAAAAAAUCAGGAUCAGGGGUUGCUAAUCUGGUCUUCCAGAUGCUGCUGGACACCAGCUCCUCCCCAUCUCUUAUCACCCAUUCUGGCUGCAGCUCAUGGGAGUCCAACAGACUCUGAAGUGCCAAAUGGUGGUCACCCCUUGCUCUAAGUGAAGAUGUUUUCUUCUGUAACUUUACCAGACGAUGCUGUUCAGUCUGCACCAAAAGUCCAUGGAGAUACUGCCUUCUGACUGGCACAAGUAAUGUGCUCUCAUGGAAUAACCACCUCAUACCACCAGGCUCCAACUUUUAAGAAGACAAUGGGGUUGAUUCCUUCCCCUGCUUGAAUCUUAAGAGGUUGACUAGCACAACUCAACUGUGGCAAUAAAUUAUGCUAACUGCUUGCUUUAACUACUGUUCUGCAGAAUUUUAUCCUGCUAGUCUUCAGAUGGCUUUGGCAGCGUGUUAAAAACAUCCAUGUAAGUUAGAAUAUUAUUAUUUUAUCAGCAAAAAUGCUUUGUUGUGUGCAAUGUCUUUCUAAUGUAUUUUUUCCUGUUGUCUCAUUUGGAACAAUUAUGCUGCGCAUGAACUGUAGCAAAUUACAAAGGGAACUGCAUUAUGUUAAACCCUACCAAAAGUCAGCCAGAACUCCCCCCCCCAUGCAGGCUUGCUUUAGUGUACAUUCCUAUGUAUUUAUACAGACUUAUGGAUUGGGAGGGGGGGAGAGAGAGAGACUGGCUUCAUUUGCAGCUAGUGUAAAAGGUCUUAUUUUUGUGUGCAAUUAAAAUAUUUCACCAUGUUAAAAUUU